UGUACUGCCGCUGCGGCAGCUUGAACCACAUGAUGCGCGAGGAGUUCUACCACAGCCAAUACGGCGAACCGGACCCGCACGCGCAUCAGCUUCAAGUGCCGCACCACCUGCAGAGGCACUACGACUGCGACUACGACGAAGGCGUCGAAUACAUCGAAGCUGACGGGGAGCGGCCGCACCAUCCCGCGACCGCGGCUGUUGGGGCGCAGCAAGAGGACAAAGCGCUGGAGUCGUUUCUGUGAUGAACGAGUGCAGCAGAUUGGGAUCAAUAGAACCCGUCAAUAGAGCAACUACAUACAGAGACAUGACAAAAC